UGAGGAACGGACCAUGUGAAUACAAACACAAGUGGAGUUUAAAUACCCUGACAGUCGCAUGUCUUGGUGAAGUAGACAGUCAAGUAACUCAGACUUCACAGGAGUAUCUGAAGGUAGAAGCAGUGAAGGUGGCUUCGGGAAUCCGUGCGACCAGACCAGGUAUGAAGAGAGUGAGUCGAGUCUCUGCCAGUGGCCAUGACAACCCAGGUCUGGAGCUUGGUGAUGCAGUGUCCAGCCAGUCAAUGCAGCAACAUCCCAGUUCCCGUACCUCUGUAAUAUCAGCCUCAAUGGUGCGCUCGGUUAGCCAGUGGGCUUCAUACGCUCAGGGUCGCUGGAAACGGGCUACUCGUAAAUGCAUGAGGAGAAAACCAUCAGGGGAAUCUGUAAGCAGCAAGUACAAGGGCCUUGCGUGGGAGGAAGAUGUUGUAGAUGGAGUUGCCAAAGAGCAUCAGUUGAACAAACGCCUGCUGGAUCACUUCAGAGUGCUGGCUGCUAACAACGAAGACACAGAUGAGGUUGAUCUGCAGUACCUGAACGAAAUCCUUAGAGAUGGAGCUGAUCCCAAUUCAAUAGACAAAUAUGGUCAGACAGCGCUUCAUGAGAUCUCUCGAGCCUGGAAUGUAGACGUGAUGAGGUUCUUCCUCGAGAGAGGAGCUGAUAUUCGCAGACCUGAUGCGUUCGGGGUUACGCCUCUCCACGUGGCUGCAGCCUUGGACUAUGAAGAUAUGAUUCAUUUUCUUCUAGAAAGAGGAGUUGACAUUGAGGCCCGCACAUGUAAAGACAUGCAGACGCCAUUACACUUUGCUGCUAAGAAUGACGCUACUGAGGCGAUUCAGAUUCUGCUGCAGAAUGGAGCAGAUAUUGCUGCACACGACUACAAACAAAGAACUCCACUACAGCUUGCGGUCAACCUAGAUCGCAGCGAAGCCGCACACACACUGUUGGAGCUGGGGGCGGAUGCUGGGGUUCAGGAUUCUGAUGGACAGCUGUGUAUCACUGCCAUGAUUGGCAAGAUGACGACUGUGGCCAAUCUGGCACUGAAUCAGUUUCACGUGAAGGACCGAUUGACGCGCCAGCAGUACUUCUACCUUCAUUUACUGGAGCCAGAGAAUGCACGGAUGAAAAAAACACAAGGAAAUAUCAGAAGUGAGCCGACAUCACCGCUAGAGUUCAUUGUCCAUCAGGGGAAACUAGAUCUCAUUAUGCAUCCUGUAGUGUUAAAGCUUAUUUCAGUCAAAUGGAACCUGUAUGGCAGACUUGGUGCGUGGAUUCUCCUGCUGCUCAAUUUUCUGUUUAUCGUUUCCUGGACCACGGUGGCCAUAUCGGUGUCCGUGUCACCAGAAGAGAACAAACGCUAUGUUUUCCCUCAGGACUGGUGGCGUGUGCUUGUGGUGAUGAUAGCAUUAGGGCUGACACUGCUGGAGGUGUACAGGGAGGUGAUGGAGAUUCUGCGCUCGGUUAGAAAGCUAAAAGACUGGCAGCAAUGGUGUGAACAGAGGCUCAAUGAGGAUUUGGCUUGCACACACCCCAUGUGGCCAGAGGAACGAUGCUACCUCGAGGGUCAGAUUAAGUUCGUUUGCAACAUGAAGGGAAGCUACAUGCAAGACCCUUGGAAUAUAUUCGAUUGGCUUGUGUACACAUUGCUGAUAGCAGUUUUGGGUCUUCACUUGGCUGAUGUUUACCUGGUCUCUCAGACACUACGGAUGUAUAGCCUCCGCAUCUUCGCUGUGGCCAUCAUCUUCCUCUGGCUCAGGCUGAUGAAGCAUGUCAGAGCAUUUAGGGUUAUGGGUCCCUUCAUUGUCAUGCUGGGAAAGAUAGUUGGUGAUGUGCUGCGCUUCCUCUUCUUAUAUGCAGAGAUCUAUGUCCCAUAUGCCUGUGCUUUCUGGAUUAUAUUUGGAGGCUUAAUAGCUGUACCUAGCAUGCAAACAGUGCCGCAGAUGCUCUACAGUCUGUACCGCAUGACCCUGGUGGACGAGUAUGAGUUUGAUGCCAUGGUGGCUGUGGACCCUGUUAUGGCUCACUUGCUCUGUGGUACUUUCCUGGCCCUGUCUGCUGUUCUAUGUGUGAACCUAAUGAUUGCUCUUCUCUCAGACACAUUCCAAAGAGUAUAUGACAAUGCCCUGGCGAAUGCAGUGAUGCAACAGGCUUCCAUCAUCCUGCAGGUAGAAGAAUCCAUGCCUCACCUGCACCAUUUCUUUGACAAACAGUAUAUCCACAGCUGCUGUGCCCCACUCAGAGAGUUUUACGACGAUGACAUCAUAACAAAUCCAGGUCACCAUGAAGAGAUGAAGAAACUAACAGCAGAGAUUAAGGAUACUUUGGAUGAAUACUUGACCAUACAGAAAGAGGCUAAACUACUGAAGCCAGUUCAAACAAAUGAUGAUAACAAAUCUCCCAGUUAUUCAUCUCAACAAGAACAUCUCAGUGGUCUACUGAGACUGGAGAUAGACCAACGGCAGCAGAUUCAGGAUCUGCGAGAGCUAAGGGGAGAUGUAAAAAGGCUCCAGGGAUUACUGCUACAGCUGAUUCAGUCAAAUCCUACAACGUCUGCCGAUGUGCCAAGUUCAUCUUCAGCAGUGCUUCGGUAGGGUGGAGCGUACCAUGUUUUGGUUUUUCCAAGUUGGGCAAGAAGCGAAGCAUAGUUAACAAGCAUAUGUUAACUAUAACAAACUCUCAAGAACUUGUGGGUAAUUGUUAAGUAUUUGGUGUGCUGGUACUGGUUUCACUUGAUUUAACUGGAGAUCACCUAGGGGGCUUUCCCACUAGUAGUUUUGCAUAAAUAACUUGUAAGGUGAAAGCUGUCAUGUGUAGCGGGAAGCGCACCGUGGUACUCAAACCGAGACUACCUGUAGGAGGUUGUGUGAGUUUAGUUGCACUGGAACUGUGCUGGGAUUCCCGUGAAUGUGAACACAACUCAUACUCAGGUCAGCACAGUAAAGUAGAACAAUUAUAUCAUCAAACAAAUUAUGUUGUUAGUCUUUUAUACAAGUUAAUAUAGCAUUUCCAUUGAUCUACUGGAGGACUGUCUGUAGAAUAGACAUGACAGGCAGUUGCCUGGACCCUCCAAGGCUGUUUAGACUUGUGCAAUAUACAGUGACAUAUCAGGAAUCUUGCAAAAAAUGAAUAAAACAGAUCAGGAAAAAGUGCAGAAGGUGAAGCGGGAUGCGGGAAAAGACUGGUGAACAAACUGAGGGGGGUAAGUGUAAGCCAAAAACUCAAUGUAAGCUGAAAAUUUGUUUUUGGUGAGGAACUGGCACUCAGACUAGAGCACAGCAUGAAACUAAAAUGUUGGAAAUGAUGCAACCUUCGAACGCCUUUUAUGUCACAAAGGGUGCAGAGACAUUUGCCAUAUGCUCUCCAUCUAUCAAGCUGACACCUUUUAUGCAAUGAGGCCAAAUUCCCCUUUUUUUGUUUUGCAGCGCCCUACAAACCUGGAGUGUGUUACAGAGAUUAAUUGUUUUACCUGAUCAUACAUUUUUACACUAAUAUGCCACUAAUGUAGCUAUUAUCUGGUAUGUGACCAGAAUAUGGUAUGCUUGAAUGAAUAUGUGUCAAAUCUGAACCCUGGAUAUUUUGACAAACCUAAAUUUUCUCUCUCUUUUUUUUUGAUCACCUGUGGCAAAUGAUGUAAAUGGUCCAGUUUAAAACAGGUCCAACGUACUUAUAUGUUAGCUGUGUGUGUUUCACUGAUGGAAAUCUAAUUCUUUCCUGGACCUGAGUUUGGGAAUCACUGUCUGAUUUAUUUUCUAAAAACUAUAUGUCAUUAAGCGGUUUGUGGCAGGACAUUUUCCCCAAUGAUACAAAAAUGAAAGGAAAACAGAAUCUGUAUUAUUGCAUUCAAAGAAAAUAGAGAGAAACACACACUGAUAGCAAUUACUGAUAAAUCACUGUUGUUAUUAUUUAUUUUUGUAUCAUAAAAUUACUUUGCUAUUAAGCCCAACCCAGCCACUGAAGCGUUAAUUCUCAGGGCCGGUCCCAAGCUUGGAUAAAAAAUGGGAAGGUUGCAUCAGGAAGGUCAUAGCGUAAAAACCUGUGCCAAAUCAAAUAUGCAGAUCAGAUGAUCCGCUGUGGCAACCCCGAACAGGGAGCAGCCAAAAAGAAGAGGAAUCAGCAGCUUAGUAGUAAUGGUAGUAGUAGUAGUAUAUCAGUAUAAUCUUGCUUUUUUCUAGGUGUGUAAGUUGAAGGAGACACUUGAAAACUAUUAUGACCAUUAUGAAAAAAGUGCAAAAGUCUGCUAAAAUGAGGAAAUGCAUGUUGAUGAUAAUGACAGUGAUUAUUUUCAGAAAUUGCUGUUUGCCACUAGAGAUUGAACUACAUGUUUUUCUAUAUAAUAUUCAAUAUUAUUAAGAAUAUUACAGGUAUUAAUCAUCUCAUAUAUUAUUCUUAGAUAUAUCACUUUUUAAAAGACAUGGUUUGUUCAUUUUAUAUAGUACACUCCACACUAAAUUUCUGAACAAUAAAUUAAUCCAUUAAUACUGUUAUUCUUUUCUUUUUCUGAAUAACUCUUAUAGUUUUUCCACAUACUUAGGAGAACAGGUGACGCUUUGCUGCUGUGCUAACACAUGUAUUGAUCACAUGCAUGUCUUCCUGGACCUUGCUUUGUGCACAGGGCAUUAUCAUACUGGGACAUGUUUUGGUCCCUUUUAAAUUGUAAAUGUAAAUUGUAAUGCUACAGAAUAUAAAGAGAUUUAAUACAA